AUGUAUAGAGCAGUAACACAAAGAGGUUUGUUUAUGUUACACAGUAGGUUGUCGGAUAUAUCUUGGGAUUUCAUUACUGUUGAUAGUACCAGUGGUGAACAAAAGUUUAGCCACUUCAUGGAUAUUCUUCAAGAAGCCUAUACAUACUCGUUUCCAAAGAAAACUUAUGUGGUAAGAUCCGACCAGGGCAAUAAUAUUUCCUGGUUUAAUACCGAACUAAGGGCAAUGAGGGAACAUUUGAGGUUUUUGAGAGAGCUGAAAGGGCAGUAUGGUUUUGUGAGUGACCAGUAUUAUAAAAACUACAAAAAUCUAUAUAGAAAUAAAAUAAGAAAAGCUAAGAUAUAUGCUAAUGACAACCUUGUAAAGAGCUCAAGUAAUCCUGCUAAAACCGUGUCGGAUAUCAUUAACAAAAAAAGAGAUAAAUGCCUUCAACUUUAA